AUGGGUCAGUCUGUGUCGUUCCAGAAGACCUCGGAGUCGGCGGACAGAGCAGAAGAAAAAGAAGCCACCGCGAUCUCUGCAUACGGAGGCUACGAAAAGCCAGAGAAUGAGCGUGAAGAUCAGCAGUUACAAGGUCAUGGACUAGUGAAAUCCGAAUCGACGACGACUGUCCAGGUCACCCAGCUGGUCGGAGGGGUCUCGCUCUCCGGUAAUGCCCAUAUCAGCGACGGGAUCGUUGCUGGUGGGGACGUCCAUACGACCGUGGUUGUCCAGCUACCCGACAAGGGGGCGAUUGCUGCGCAAGAACGGGCGCGGCUGAAGGAAGAGAGGGAGAAAGAAGCGCAGGCCCGUGCACGCCUCUUGAAAGAGAUCAUGGAGUGGCUGGCGCCCAAUGCGCACUUCAGAGCGGCGCAGAGCGCGAACCUGGAGAAGUGUGCUGAUGGAACACUGUCGUGGUUCAUCGCAGACGAGCUGUACCAGUCGUGGAAGCAGAAGGGAGGGAAUCGUAUCAUCUGGGGCACUGGAAUACCCGGGGCAGGCAAGACUGUUUUAGCCUCGAAAGCCAUACGCGACCUGGAAGAACACAGUAACUCAGUAAAAGGGAAAGUCUGCGUCAUCUUCGCGUACUGCCGCUAUUCCGAACCCCUUACGGUUAAGGAAAUCCUCGAGGCUCUGGUCAAGCAAUUCCUGGAAUACGACCCCUCACUCGCAAGCAUCGUCGAGCCCGUUUUCUCCCACCAUAAGUUCCGCGAAACGCGUCCGACUCAAGCUGAAUUACUCGAUCUGUUGCAGCAGCUGGAACGACAUUUCGAGAUCGUGUUCUAUGUCAUCGACGGCCUGGACGAAGCUGUGGUGGAAACCCAGUUCGACUUGAUCAAGGCUAUCAACCGUCUUCAGGGACGUUUCGCGUUGACUUCUCGGCCGAUAAGGAGGCUUGAGCUGGGCCUCCCUACGACCAAAUUCUAUCGGGUCGUCCCUGACUCGUCGGAUAUCGUCCGCCUUGUUAACCAGAAGAUCGACAAAGUUCCUGGAUUUGGAGAGCUUUUGGACAAGUGUGGUCAGCGACAGGGCCUGAUACAGAGGAUACAGAAUAAGUCCAGCGGAAUGUUUCUUCAUGCAGCCCUUCAAAUCGAGAUAGUCAACCAAUGCCUCACCAUUACCUGCGUGGAGAAGAACCUCGAACGCUUCCCACCAGGGCUUGAGGGCAUGUAUCAUGAAGCUAUGGCGCGGAUCAAUCACCAAAUCCCCCCUGACAAUGUGGCGCUUGCAAAACAUGCGCUGCUGUGGGCUGUGUUUGCGAACCAGCCUUUGACCCUCUCCCUUCUUUGCUCCCUCGUCGCGCUGACCUGCGACGGGGCUUCCUCCACCAAAGACCCUCUGCCCGAGGGCGCGCUGAUCCAGGGAAGCUCUCUUGCCUCCGUCUGCUGUGGUUUGGUUCACAUUGAGCUGAAAGCGAAUAUCGUCCACCUCAUCCAUUUCACAGCACGAGAAUUUCUCAUCCCUGUCCUGAUGCACGACUUCGCAAAUCCACAUGGACUGCUGUUCCAGGCUGCCGCACAACAGCUGGUUGACCACGGCAUCGUCAAAAACCAGACUCUGCGAGAUGCCGCGGAAUUAGAACGCCUCUUCAACCAGCAUCCCGCUCUCCAGUAUUCUUACAAGCACUGGGCAUAUCACGCGAAGCAGUGCCUGUCUGAAUCCGACUCCCUCGCUGCAGACGUCCUCGAAUUCCUCGCGCUUUGCACCUCAUAUCCGGUGGAGAGGGUUCAUACUCUCGAGUUUUUCUCCCCUCUCCAUGUUGCAGCAAGAUAUGGUCUCCACACCUUGAUAGACCGACUCGCGACCGAUGUGGCCAAGGGGGACGUCACCGUGCGCACUGUGGGCGGCUGGCAGGCGACGCCACUCAUCGUUGCAGCGAAGUACGGUCAGACCGAUGUUAUCGACCAGCUGCUCAAACUCAACCGCCGGACGAUCCUCAAGUCUGUUCUCGGAGGCCACAGUAAACCUGGAAAGCAUCUCCUCACAGGCCAAAUCAAUCUUCAAGAUGCGGGUGGAAACACGGCCCUGAUCCAGGCUUCGAUGCAUGGUCGCCGUGAGGCUGUUGAGCGUCUACUCCAGCACCCUGACGUCGAUGUCAACCUCCAAUCCGACUGUGGGUGGACUGCAUUGCAUUGCGCGAUCAACGAGUCGACCUAUGACAAUCUACUUGCGCAUAAGGAUAUCCAGGUGAACCUGAAGGACGACAAGGGUGAAACAGUGCUGAUGAGGGUAGCAAGGUUGCAUGGAGGGGAGGACCUGGUGGAACGCUUGCUCCAGCACCUGCGUAUUCAGGUGAACCUCACCUCGAAGACCAAUGGUUCGACGGCGUUGAUGUUGGCAGCGGAGGCCGGGCGUGCGGGUACCAUUCGCUUACUCCUUCGCCACAAGGAUAUCCGACCGAAUAUGCAGAGUCGGCAUGGAUGGACAGCGCUGAUGAUGGCCGCCGAGAAAGGACACGAAGCUGCCGUUGAGGCUUUGCUUGAAGACGACCGGAUUGAUGUCAAUGCUGUCCAGGGGUACAAGUAUACGGCGCUUAUGCUUGCCACGACGCCUGGGGUUGUGUCGCUUCUGCUGAAGCACAGAGAUAUCAGGACGGAUUUGAAGGAUGAAGAGGGGUAUACGGCUCUUGGCCAGGCUUUACGCUAUCCGUUACAUGCGAUCGCCGACCAGGAAAAGCGCAGGAACCGCGAAGGCAAGAUUAAGCUACUCCAAGAGUUUGAGAACAGUAUUGGUCGUGGGUAG